AUGGUGGAAAACCAGGGAUGGACAGUAGACGAAACCCUUGUAACAAUAACAGCUGACCACUCACAUGCUUUUACCGUCGGCGGGUAUCCGAAGCGGGGAUACCCAAUUUUUGGGGUAUACGCGGACGGACCCGGGGCCUACCUGUUUCAUGGCGUAUUUGAACAGCAGUAUGUGUUCCACGUGAUGGAUCACGCGUUAUGUCUGAGUAGUAGCAAACAGAAAACAUGUAAAAAGCACGUGGUACGGGGAGGAGAACCGCUGGUCACAACAGGAACAGGAAAACCGACAGGAACAGGAAAACCGACAGGAAAAGGAAAACCGACCGCUUCAAGUGGAGGGUACUCCAUUUGUGCCUCUUCAUUUAUUUCGAUGAUAAUUUUUGCCUCUUGGAUAGCUCUGUUGUUCUGAAGACACUUCAAGUGAAAAACGACAUCAAGAAAACACUACUACGCAAUAGAAAUUAGUUUACCAUUCAUCUCUGCAGUGGGUUCCUAUUGAAAAGUUAGGUUUUUUGCGAUUGCUUUUUAGGAAAGCGAUCAGUUUUGAGGGUCUGGAUGGAGUUUAGUGUUAAGUGUUAUUUGGCCUUUUUUUUAAAGUUUAGUGUUAAAAUCUGUAAAAUUUUAAUAUAAGUGUUUUAAAAGAGUUAACUGUUAAGUGUUAAAAGGUGUUAGAACAGGGAUUUCACUGAUUAAAGAUCAAUAAAAGUUUCAUAGAGAAGG